AAGUGACAUCUCGUUGAAUCAAGGCCAUUCAAAAGUUAUAGAAAAUGGAAAUGCAAGGUAAAAAUGUUGUCUACGUUGGUGGUUUCGGUGGAAUUGGGUUUGCCACUUGCAAGCUUCUAAUUCAAAAGAAAGUUGCUAACUUGUUCGUCAUCGAUCUUGUCUUGAAUGAACCUUUGAUGAAGGAAUUGAAGGCCUUGGGUGCUUCUUCUGGCACUCAAGUUAACUUCGAACAAUUGGAUCUUUGCAAAAAGGAACAAAUUCCUGAGGUUCUGAAGAAAAUCAUUGCUCAAAUUAGUUACAUUGAUAUUUUGGUCAAUGGAAGUGGUAUGAUCAAUGACCAUAAACCAGAACAGACCAUGGGAGUUAACUUGAUGGGAUUGAUUUACACUACUCUAGCUGCAAUUCCUUACAUGGACAAGUCUAAUGGAGGACGUGGUGGUAUGAUUGUUAACAUUGCUUCCGUCCUUGGACUGGAACCAUGCUCAUGUUUGGCUAUUUACACUGCUUCCAAACAUGGAGUUAUGGGAUUCACUCGUUCAAUUGCCGAUGAAUUCUAUUAUGAAAAGACCGGAAUUGCUGUUAUGGCAAUUUGUCCUGGCAUCACCAUGACUGGCUUGUGGCAUGAAUUUGAUGGAAAUGAUACUUUCCCAUAUUCAACUCAAUUGAGUAAGAAAUUCUUUUCGGCUGAACAUCAAAGUGCUGAGGAAUGUGCUGUUAAUUUUGUCAAAGCUAUGGAAACAGGAAAGAAUGAUUCUAUAUGGAUUUUGGAUUUGGGUAAACUUGAAGAGGUUAAGCCUAAGGUUUAUUGGACUACAACCCAUAACAAUUAAUUUACCAACAAAAUAUUUGUUAUUUGUUUGUUUAAGAACUUUAAAAAUGAGGCAAAAUUAAAUUAUGUAUGUCAUAUGUAAUGAUACAAAAAAUUUUAAAUAAAUUAUACCUAAAUGUUUGAAA